AAGAGUAUGCACUUGAAGGGCUCGAAGACGGUGAAGAGGAAGAGGAUGCUGCCGCCCUCGCGGACACAAAGUAUAGUAUGGAGAGCAGUGCGAAGAGCAAGAACCGGAGAGAUUUCUGGUUAUCGAAAGGUUCCCAAGGAGUAGCUAGUGAUAGUAGCGAUGACUGAGUGUCAUGGCUUGGCCAAUGUCUUGCACUUCGCAGUGUGUGAGGAUUAAGGAACAUUGUUGUGACGAUGGCAACGAAAUUGUGCGAGCCGGCAGUAGGCGGAGGAAUAGCGCGCGAGGUUAGCUCAGCCAUCACAGCAACCACCACCUCCUCCAUUCUUGCCUACGUUCUCCCAUCCCAACAGAACGGCAGAUUUCUGCAGUCGCUGGUCGCCCGCGGGUCCCGUCCUUCUCACUCUCGUUCAUUUUACAUUUCGAAGGCGCCGAUUCCGCAGGUGAACCUAAAGGACCGCAUCGCUGCUCUUCAGCAGCGGAAUGCAGGAUCCAACCAGACCGAUAACAAACAUGCUGUCUCCACCGGUCGUGUGGGCAGCCUGCGGGACAAGAUUGCUACGUUCGAAAAGCAGGGCGCUGUCCCGGUUCCGAGAGGCAGCUUUGGACUAGGAGCACCUCCGGCGGAUGAUGGCUCCUCCCGCCGUCGUGGAGAGUUGGUUGGCAACCGUGUGCCAGGGCUGUCGAAGCCCGUUGUACCUGUCUCGGUGCAUCCGUCACAAGACGUCGACACGGACAGCCCAAGUGGCAGAAGGCGCUCUGCCUCCGCUUCUGCGGCCAAUAUCUUGUCCUCAAGCGCCUCGAGUCCUCCCGCUGUAUCCUCUACGGAUGAUGAUUCAUCAUCCUCGGACGCCCCCGCUACGACUGAUGAAACACAAACUCCUGGUUCUCCACCGGCAGCAAGGACCAAACGCCGUAGUCUCUCAGAGCUACCGCCUAACGUCUGCAUGCCAGAAGCAGGGCAGGAGGCGUCUUAUGAAUACAAGGAGGCUCAGGCUGCGCCUGUAAUUGUGGUAUCUCCUGACGCCGAGGCCGCUGCAGCGAAAUCGGUGACCGUUGCUAAGACCAAACCCUCCGCGAAGGUGGUUGUCUCUAAUGUCACAUUGCAUCGUGAGGAGGCCUCAAUAACGUCAGGUCCUCGUGCGCGAUCGACUCUUCGUGCAUUGGAGAAAUCGCCUGGGAGUAGUGCACCGGAGCCGUGCGUAAGCAUGUCACCUCCGCGAAGACAGCCGAAAAGUCAGUAUGUCAGCGUUGAGGACCCGAACGCUCUUGACGAGGAGUUGGCUUUUGUUCGCGCAGCCUUGAACGCAUUGGAAGCGGCUUCUGAGGAUACAACUCCGACCCGUGCCGAUGUGCAGGACUCGAGUGCAGACGGUGAUUAUAUAUCCAUAACUAACCGUACGUCAGCGACAUCUAGUGUUCUGUCCACGCCCAACGAUCUUGUCACAUUCGCCGGCAUGGAGUAUGUCAAGUUAGAACAUGAGCUCGUUGAGGGUGGCACUCUCUCCCGAGAUGCUGACGGCGCUAUCAUAACUUCUUCUAGUGCGGGCGCCGCGACGGCCUCGCAACGCAGAGGAACGGUGACAUCCCUCGCUCUGGACACCAAUGAAGCUGUCAUCGUCACUGCUCCUGCUCGAGUCGUAUCACCCAUUUCGACGACCCGUGCUGUUCUGGUACCUGUUCCGCAAAGCCUCUCGCCCAUCUCAUCGCCUAUCCCGUCGUCUGGUCCCAAUGCACCUCAUCUGACUGCAUCUGCCUACACCACUCCAUCUCUGACGCCGAAGACCAGCACGGGUUCCUUUAAGGCGAUCGUUGAUGGCAAAGUUUCUAGCAGCAUCUCACAGGGUCAACCCCGUGCUGGAAGCUCUCACAUAAGGCAACCACAGUUGAAACUCACAGUUGAGUCUUCAUCAUCUUCGGGAUAUGGCGACCUUGCGGAUCUACUGGCGGACGCUGCGCUCUUGGAGCAGCAAUUAUCGGGCAUGGGAAACUUACAGGAAGAUUUGGACGUCAAAGCGGCUCCUGCUGCUGCUCCUGUACCUGCUAUUGACUCUGCGCUAGCAGCCGAUUACGUUCCCGUGCCUGUGCCUGCACCUGCUCUGGCUCUUGAGCCCGAGCCUGCUCCCAGUUCCAUUCCAGCGUCCAUCCGCGAUCAUGACCCGGAGAUGGAACUGACUCUUCCAGAUCACCCACCUCCGCCGUAUGUCGAGAUUGUAGGGCGUGAGCGACCUCGGCCAAUCCAGGAGUUACCCGAAUGCGUUGAAGAGGCGGAGAGUUCACAACACGAGCCUCCGCAAGAGCUUCCUUCUGAUGAUCUGCCGCGACAUGCGUCUCCAAUGGCAUCCUCGACGCAGGAAUACUCAAGGAAUCGCAUUCCUUCAGGUUCGCCACCACCUGUGCCCCCCAAAAGCCCACGACCGCGUUACUUCUCCACUCUUCUCUCACGUAAGACGAGCAACAGCGGCACGCUCUCUACGCUAGGCACAGCCCCUCGGCAGAGCAACUGCUCGGAGAUGUCGGAGGACGAUUCAAUGCUCGUUCCAACACCGCCUUCGCCGCGCGUCGAGUACAUCGGAUCCGACGCGAGUUCCAUAAGGAGUUCGACCCGAUCGUGGAAGAUGCCGAAGAGCACGUUAUCGCGGGCCACCUCGUUCGCUGACAAGUUGCUGAACAAGAAGAGUCGCCGUAAUUCAAUUGUCAUUUCUAACCCUAAUAAUACACAUCUGUCUGCGGCGGGAGUGCAGUCUGGCUCUGCCCAUGUGAAGAGUCCGUCCUCGCCGGAGGACCGCCCCGUUUCGUGGGUGCCAGUCGAAGGUCGGCUGGACAACGCCCUCUUCGAUGCGUUCCCUUCGGUACCCAAUUCUGUUCUCCCCUCCUCCCCGCAACCGCCGUCACAGUACCUCUCCCCGUCGGGGCAUCCAGGCAGAUCGGCGACUAUACCUCCGAACUCGAGCCAUUCGAAGCAGCGUUCCGCAUUCCUGUGAAAUCCAGGCUUUUGGUUGUCCAUCUUCUUGCCCGUCGGUGCACGUCAGCUCUGAACCUGUUCGCAUUUCCAUUCACGCUCAUCUACUCAUUUCGGAUUUGGAUGUGGAUAUCAUUCGUUAGUUACUCAUAUACACACUGCUCCUUAAUUCCUCGCUUCAGCAAUGUAAUAAACACAUCCAAACCAUGCUAGAUCCGUCCUAGUGAUGUCAAGCUGUCGUUUGGAUACGCCGUUGGCUAAAGUCACUCUGGGUCCAGAUUGGAGUCGAAUGCAUCAGAUCUAGGACUAGACAGUGUACAUCUUGCGAUACAGGGGUGUUAUAUCAUUGUAGUGCAAAAUCCUUCAGGUGGUACAGUAGUACGCG